CGCAAAUGGCUGUUGGAUGUCCGAGUGUGCGGAACGUGUUUAAGCGCAAAGCUAUUUCUAAGUGACGGUACGGAAGAAGAAGAAGAAGCAACAUAAGCUACAUCUAUAUGGUAUAUGUAUACAUAUAUGCAAAAAAAAUUUUAUGUGCGCAAUGUGAAAAAUUAGAGCAAAAACUUUGUUAAAUUAAAGUGAAAAAAAUGCAAUGGAAAUAAUACAAUGGAAAUUUUGCUAAAAUAUAAUUGUGGUAUAAGUAAUUUAUCAGUAUCAAAGUAAAGCUGAAAAAUCUGAAGAAAGGUGUAUUAGUGCAAUUACCCUGCGUUUAAAUUUAAAAUAUAUGCUGGUGUGUAUAUGCCAUUGAAAUAUGUAGAUAUUUUUUGCAUAGUACAUACAAAAAGGCACGCGAGGCGUAUGAGUAACCUAAACCUAACCAACUGAAUCACGCGACGUACUAUCUACCAACACAGUGAAGAGCAUACAUAGGUGGAAUUGCAGAAGAAAAAAGUAGUUGAAAAUUAAAUGAAAUUUAGUGAGAUUUGCUUUAAGUUGCAUACAAUCAACAGCAAAAACAAAAACAACUGCAGGAAAUCUAAAAAAAUACGCCUAUUUUAAACUAACAAAUACUCACAAAACAUUUUAAAUUAAACACACGCACACACUCGCAUCAGACGCAUACAUACAAACAUACCUACCUACAUAGAUCCCCACACAGCUGCAUAUAAAUAGCAUCAAUUUGAGAGUCACGUAGUUAUAUGCCAAUUGAGUGCCUUAUAUCCUUUGAUAAUAAUCCUCAAGGUGUUUACUAUGCUGGACAGGAGCUAUCCGGCGUUGUUGACCUCAGCGUCGAUGCAACAAAACGCAUUAAAGCAAUCCACAUCACAGUUAAUGGUUAUGCGAAGAUACGCUGGAUAAAAAAGGGUUACCCGCGCGAUAGUGAACGUGCUACGUGUCGUGCCUACCGUUCGUACUUGUCAUCGCGUUCGUAUGUGCUCGGUUCGUGUGCGAACAGUUCGUGUAUGGACUGGUCGGCCGGCGAUUAUUCGUAUACGUUUCACGUAAUACUGCCAGAGAAUCUGCCCACUUCGUUCGAUGGAAAAUAUGGGCAGAUUCAUUAUGAGAUUAUCACCACAAUCGAUCGGCCAGCCCGAUAUCCGAAAGUCUUCAAGUUGCCAUUUACGGUAAUACAACCGUUGGAUUUGAAUGUGGACACAAUUUAUAGGGUCCCUCUCGAAAUCCUCGAUCGCAAGCGCUUCUGGAGCUUUUGCUGCCCCACAGGCCCCUUAACUGUGAAAUUCUCCACACCCUACUGCGGUUAUGCACCCGGCCAAAAAAUUCAUUUCGUCCUCUACAUCAACAACGAAUCGUCCAUUGACAUCACCGACUGUGAAGUGAAACUGAAACAGCAGGUGUCUUAUGAAUCGCAUGAUCCACAACAUGAAUACCGUUAUGACAAACAUCUCAUCGCACGCAAACAAUUCGGUAAUGUAUUGCGUUGGAGCCGUAAAGUAUAUCGCGGUUAUCUUAGCUUACCCUCCAUACCGCCGUCAUCAGUGAAAAUCGCUUUGAAAAUCGCUUGUCCUAUCUCAAUUAUGUAUCUGAUAAAAGUCAUAAUUAAACCAACUGACUUUCAUUGGAAAAUGAAAUUGAAAAUACCAUUAACAAUUGGUAGUAUACCGAUUAUAGAUAGUAUGGCUGCAGCAGCAGGACUGCCAAGCCUAUUACAAACACAAUAUGCCACAAGUCGUGGCUACUAUAGUGGGCGUAGGCUGCAGGAUAUAGCAAUGAUGCGACAAAAUGCAGGCGAAGGGGAACAUGGUGUGGCAGAUGUUGACGGGGGAGCAGAGUAUGGCGGAAAUUUGGAAGUGGCGGGCGAGAGUGAAGGUGGAACAACAACGGUGCCAGCACUGCUUAUAACCGAUGGUGAUAAUCCGCCCGACUACAAACUUAUGAUGCCACCUUCCUACGAGGAUGCCAUGGCGUUAAGUGAUAAAUUCUGUGAUGACAGCGAAUACUUGCAAAAUGUCAGCCUGAGUAGCAUUGUCUCAAAUGGCACGACAGACUCCUUCAAGCCGCGCUAUCCCGUCUACUAUGAAUAUGAGACGCCAAUCAUACCGCCCGGUAGUGAUGAUUCUACCUCCGAUAUUUAUCUGAUAAAAGUCAUAAUUAAACCAACUGACUUUCAUUGGAAAAUGAAAUUGAAAAUACCAUUAACAAUUGGUAGUAUACCGAUUAUAGAUAGUAUGGCUGCAGCGGCAGGACUGCCAAGCCUAUUACAAACACAAUAUGCCACAAGUCGUGGCUACUAUAGUGGGCGAAGGCUGCAGAAUAUAGCAACUAUGCGACAAAAUGCAGGCGAAGGGGAACAUGGCGUGGCAGAUGUUGAAGGGGGAGCAGAGUAUGGCGGAAAUUUGGAAGUGGCGGGCGAGAGUGAAGGUGGAACAACAACGGUGCCAGCACUGCUUAUAACCGAUGGUGAUAAUCCGCCCGACUACAAACUUAUGAUGCCACCUUCCUACGAGGAUGCCAUGGCGUUAAGUGAUAAAUUCUGUGAUGACAGCGAAUACUUGCAAAAUGUCAGCCUGAGUAGCAUUGUCUCGAAUGGCACGACAGACUCCUUCAAGCCGCGCUAUCCCGUCUACUAUGAAUAUGAGACGCCAAUCAUACCGCCCGAAACACUCUACGAUGAAUCACCCUCGCAGCUGCGUAUCGAACUACAGCCAUCGGAUUCGUCGGAUGCAUCAAAUCAACCACUCAAUGCCGCUAGUUUUCCACUCUAUCGAAAUGAGAAGAAAUAAAAGGAUACUAGGAUGUAAUUCUACUGUCGAAAAACUAACUGAUUAAAUUUUCAUACAAAGUUAUAAAAUCUGCCCUAAUAGUGCUUAUAUGUAAUGCUUAGGAAAUAAGUAAGUAAAAUUUACUUUGGGGCAAAAGAAAAGAGGAUCAUUAAUCUUAAACUAUUUUAAUUUGUUAGUAAUAGGGAUACUAUUACUUUCACUUAUACUUUAGUAACAUAUGUAUGUAGUAUUAGGGUGAUGCUCAAACUGCGAACAAAUAAAUGUUGUAUGGAACACCACUUUUAUUAUUAUUAUUAUUUUAAAAUUUGGAAAUUUUCGUCGAUAUUUUUAUUUUGUACGUGGAACGAAAUUAUGAGGUGACCCAUACAAAAUGUAGAUGCUUAUAUUUUAAGAAGCACCCUAACACGUUUGUAUGUAUUUAUAAAAAUAUAUCUAUAUGUACGUUCGUAUGUAUGUAAAUACCAUAAGCGAUUUUAAAACACAGCCACUCGUACUUGUAUUCACAUAAACACGCACACAUCUAAUGCACAUACAUAUGUAUAUCUAUUAGGGUGCUUAAUUUU